UGACAAGUAUCGAGUGUGCACAUGCCCAGCGCUUCGUUUUAUAUCUCGUAAUCUCUGGAAAUUGUGAAAAGUUUGAGGGAAGCUGCUGCUAACUGUGCCGUCCGUCGCUAUUGCGCAACCACUUAAUGUUGUCUACAGCCAUAUUGGGCCACAGAACACGUUUACCCUUGCAAGCGUUCAAUUCAUGGCGAAGGCGCCUGCGGACUAACAGAAGCACCUCCGUUCCAGCAUUUACCCAGCACCACAGCGAACAGGCAACCCAACAGCACUCGCUGCCAUUUACGCGUGCGCUUCACUCACAGAAGGCCAUGGACUCUCCGCCGGAUGUAUUUAUUGGUCUAAAGGAUCGCUUCGAGGGCGUCACAGUGGAUGGCCGAGAGGAGAAGGUCGACAAGUCGAAGUUUGAGGAAAAGCUAAGAAAAUCAUUGGAGUGGUGGACAAGCAACAAGAAUCGUGCCAUUUGGUUUCGUGUGUACAAGGAGCAGGCGGAUUGGGUGCCCAUUUUGGCAGCGUCCGGCUUUGAUUUCCAUCACGCCCGCACCGGCAUGGUGGUCAUGUACCGCUGGCUGCCCACGCACGAGUCCAGCAACCUACCCAACUACGCCCACACCCUGCUGGGCGUCGGGGGGUUGGUGAUCAACGACAAGGACGAGGUUCUGGUGGUCUCCGAUCGCUAUGCAAUGAUACCCAACAGCUGGAAGCUGCCAGGAGGCUAUGUGGAGCCGCGCGAGAAUCUCAUCGAUGCGGCCAUACGCGAGGUGGAGGAGGAGACUGGGAUCAGAACCACGUUCCGUUCGGUGGUGUGCCUGCGGCAUGCUCACGGCGGUAUCUUUGGCUGCUCGGAUAUCUACAUGGUGAUUGCCCUGAAGCCGAUCAAUUUAGACUUUACGCGCUGCGAGCGCGAGAUUGCCCGCCUUCAAUGGAUGCCCAUCGCAGAGUAUCUGCAGCAUCCGCAGGUGCACGAGACAAAUCGCCAGUUUGUGCACACAUUCCUCGACUAUCAGAAGCGCGGCCUGGUCCUCACCUGCCGCAAUCAGGUGCACCAAGUGCUCAAGAGGGAAUACAAUCUGUACUUUGUGGACGGAGAUACGCAGGCAGUCGAUGAUGGGCUAAAGCUAUGAACGGCAAUGGUUUUAAUGAUUGUGGAAGCCGCUUCCAAAUGGCAGCAAAUGUUUUUAGGCGAAUUGCACACAAAUUUAGUUAAAUAGAAAAUACAUUUUUGUAACGUACUUUUGUAUUGUUAAAUGUGCCAAAUGAAGGGCCAGCAGCCACUGGCCAAACUGA